AUGGCUAAUCACAUAUGGAGUAUUCUUAUGAGGAGGAAGUCUUUGUGGGUGGAUUGGGUUCAUGUUUACAGGUUAAAAGGAAAGAAUUUCUGGAUUGCUAAAAUUCCCUCUUCUUGUAGUUACUCGUGGCGUAAGCUUCUUCAUCUUCGUCCGUUUUUGAGGGAUUUCUUUUGGUUUGAUAUUGGUAAUGGGACUUUGGCCUCAGCUUGGUAUGAUAUGUGGAGUGACAUUGGGCCGCUUGGGGAGUUUAUUUCGCCUAGAGCUAUUUCAAAUGCAGGCUUCCGGUUAGAGGAUUCGGUUUCUGACAUUCAGGCCAAUGGAGAGUGGAAGUGGCCGGUUGCUUGGAGAGAUCUUUUUCCUGUUCUGAUUCAGCUAGAUCAUGUUCAUAUUAGGCCGAAUAAUCCUGAUAGAGUUAUGUGGCGUGAUGGUAAUAACACAAGUGUUUUCUCGUCUUCUGAGGCAUUGAAUUCGGUUCGUUAUAAAGAAACGGAGAUAGAUUGGAGCACUAUUGUCUGGUUUAACCAAUGCAUCCCGAGGCAUGCAUUUUUAAUGUGGCUGAUUAUGAGAGGUAAACUACUCACGCAGGAUAAGAUUCUAAAGUGGGAUAUCUCUCGAAGAAAGACUAUGAAUAUGAUGUGUUGUUUGCUUUGCUAUGCUAAUCAUGACUCUCAUAGCCAUUUGUUUUUUGAAUGUGAUUUCUCUUCGAAAGUUUGGCAUAUCGUGAGACAGAAAGUGGGCAUGAAUACGGUUCAACCUAAGUGGGAGGAUAUCAUCAAUUGGCUUCUUGCUCGAUCCAGUCAAAGUUAG